CUCCUUCUCUUCCUCCUCCUCCUCCUCCUCCUCCUCAGCCUGAUCCUGUAUCUUCCUCAUCGCUUGCAGCUCCUUCAUCUGUCCGAAAGCGAUACCUAAAUAACGCUCAAAGUCCAGUUUCUGCUUCGUGCGACACCGUCAAUGGCCUUCCGCGUUCUGCGCUGCCGCGAACUUCUCGAUGAGAUCUUCAGCUACUUUGCCGUGCAGCCCACCUCUACCGGCGACUACGACGAGAAAGCCGCUACCAAGAACAAAUGGAACGCGACCUUAAUUGACGCCGCGCUGGCUGGGAGAGCUCUGUACGAGCCUGCGCUCGACGUUCUCUGGAGCCACUUGGACCACCUCGACCCGCUCCUCCUGGUGCUGGGCGUAUGGAAGCGUAGGGAUCCGAAGCCGCUGCGGAAGAAGAGGAAGACUCUCGUCGCUGUCUGCCCGAUCUACGUCAUGCGCGACGGGUUCUGUCCUGACCGGUUCGCUCGGUUCCAGCAUCACGCGCGGCGCAUCCUCUCCACCAACGGGCUCAACCGCUCGCCCGUCGACAUCCUCGUCUGGCGCGCGCUCUCGGCAGCGAACGGCGGGAAGCCGCUCCUCCCCCGCCUGCGCCGCGCGGUCUGGUACGUCGACUCGGCGUUCGACGUGGAUCUCUUGCUCCUCAUCCCGCGUACGCUGCGCUACCUCGACGUGCAGCACUGGGACGAGGUGUACGGCCCGCAGUUCGAGAUGUCGACGAAGACGAAGUGCAAGUACAAGCGGAUCCUGACGGCGCGCGACCAGCUGACGGACUACAUGCUCGUGCGGAUCCAAGAGGCCGCGCCGGACCUGACACAGAUCCGCAUAUGCACGCCGAGGUUCGAGUCGCUGGUCGUCCUCUCGUGGUGCCGCAGCCUUGCCCAUCUGACGCUCAAGACUCGCCGCGAGUUCGCCCUUCCAGGCGGUGACUACAAGGCCCCGUUCCUCGUACUGCAGUCCCUCGAUGUCUCUGCGCCUGUCGGCUCCGUCAAGGCUCUACUGGCCUCUCUGCGCUGUCCCAAACUCCGGCACGUCUCUCUCAGGCCGCACAACCCAUGCACCUUGGACGACCUGAAGGGCUGUCUCAUGAUCUUGGUCGACACAUUCGGAGACAUACUCGAGGGCGUGGCAGUGGCGGCCUGGCCGCAGACCUCCCGCGAACAGCGCUCCAAGGUCGCCGUGCCCUUCGCUGCUGCUGUGCUGUCUGUGCUGUCCAGGAUGCAAUCUCUCCGGUCUGUCGCGCUCUCUGGUGCUACGGCUUUCUGGACAAGCGGCUUCGCCCUCGACGGAAUCCUCAAGGCCUGGCCUGCUCUGCGCUCGCUGAAGAUCACUCUUCUCUCGGAACUGCCCUCGGACUACCCCAGGUACCUGCCGAUCCCUGUGCCGACGAUCACCGACGACGACCUGAUGUCCCUGCCCGCCCCGACCAUCCCGGGCCUACUUGAGAUCUCCAAGCUGUGCUCUGAUCUGCGCGUCCUGGAGCUGCCCGUGGUCGAUGCGUUGUAUCUGCCGAGUGCGCGCGCGGCCGUGCGUCUCAAACUGGACCACGUGAAGUUCAGAACGGUGAGGAGGCGCAAGUCCGUAUGCGACGACUGCGUGUGGGACGCGCUUGACGACAUCUGCCUCGAUACAGAGGUGGCCCAUUGGCUUUACCUGCUAGACGAGCUGAUCGAGGACGUUCCUAAUACAGGGCGGGAGCCGUUCGCGCUAAUCACGGUCAAUUGAGUCCAACGUGAUAGGACUCGCUUGGUACAUAGCUAGUCUACCUACAAUUCCUCACUGUGUAUUUCUCGUUCCUUUGUGUUCUCGAUGUGUAGUACACGCCUUCUCCCCUCCUGUGACACCCCUGUCCCAUAUGUAGUUAAAUCGAAAUUGUGAGCG